UGGAGGCAUUUUCUCCUUCCAUCAGAACCCAGUCAGUGUCAAUCCAGUUCACCAACUCAACCCAGGAAAAAUCCAGUGUGAAGGGUAAGCGGUAUGAAACAAAUGUAUCUGUUAUCUCAAUAUAAUAUAUGUUGUUUAUUCAUGUUCAAACUUUUUUUACUUUUCACAAAUGGUAACAUCUGAUCCCUCUUCUUUUUUAAGACUGGACCCAGGAGAACUUCAAUAUGCGUUCACCAUGAUAUUUGCCAUAGGGGAGAUAAACAACAGCUCAGAUCUGCUGCCCGGAGUGACAUUGGGUUACAGGAUCUUUGACUCCUGCCCCAGUGUCCCUCUGUCCAUCAGGGCAUCACUUAACUUGAUGAAUAGGUAUGAGAGUGGGGAAGAAAGCUGUAGCAAACACUCAAAUGUGCAUGCUGUAAUAGGGGAAACCACAUCUACCUCUACAAUAGGUAUUGCACGCACCAUGGGACCCUUCAAUAUACCUGUGAUCAGUCAUUCAGCCACCUGUGCAUGUCUUAGCAAAAGAAGGGACUAUCCAUCUUUUUUCAGAACCAUACCUAGUGACAUUCACCAAAGCACAGCCCUCGCAAAACUUAUGAAACACUUUGGCUGGACCUGGGUCGGGGCUAUCAGAACUAAUAGUGACUAUGGGAAUGGUGGCAUGGCCACUUUCCUGGAAGCAGCAGAAAGGGAAGGCGUAUGUAUUGAGUACUCAGUGGCUAUUUACAGAACCGAUCCCAGGAAGUGGUUCUUAGAGGUGGUGAACAUUAUUAAGAAAUCCACCUCGAAGGUCAUAGUGGCGUUUGCUGAUGGCACAGACCUUGACAUACUUAUUAAGGAGCUUCAUGCUCACAAUGUGACAGGACUGCAGUGGGUGGGCAGUGAGGGUUGGAUCACUUAUCGCUAUAUUGCCUCUCCAGUAAACUACGCUGUGGUGCAGGGUGCGGUGGGCUUUUCAGCAUUAAAUGCUCACAUCCCUGGACUGCAGGAGUUCCUCGCUAACAGCCGGCCCUCCACCACACCGGGAGACCAGGGACUGGUGGAGUUGUGGGAGACGGUGUUCGGCUGCACCCUGACUCUCAAAGCAGAGACUCAAGCUGAGGGUUCAGUCGCAGCCUGCACCGGGAAGGAGUCUCUGUGGGACACAAACACACGCUUCACCGAUGUUUCAGAUGCCAGUUUACUAAAUAAUGUUUACAAGGCCACAUAUGCUGUCGCUCAAGCUUUGCACAUGUUGUUGACCUGCAAAGAUGGACAGGGGCCUUUUGAGAACAACACUUGUGCUGAUUGGGAAAAUGCCCAACCAUGGCAGGUUCUGCAUUACCUAACACAGGUCAAUUUCACUACUAAGAUUGGUGAAAGGGUUUUCUUUGAUGAAUUGGGCGACCCCGUGGCCCGUUAUGCACUCGUAAACUGGCAGAUGGAUGAGACCGAUUACAUUGUCUUUGAAACCAUUGGUUUCUAUGAUGCCUCACAGCCUGAGGGACAGCAGUUUGAGAUGAAAUCAGAUGUGAGAGCUAUCUGGGCAGGCGAGAAUGUUGAGGUACCAAGGUCUGUUUGCAGUGAGAGCUGAUUACCAGGCACCCGUCGGGCUUUUGUGAAAGGCAAGCCUAUCUGCUGUUUUGAUUGCGUCACCUGUGCUGACGGGGAGUUCAGCAACAGUACAAAUGCAGUGAAAUGUGACAAAUGCCUCUCCGAGUACAAGUCCAGCGAAGAGAGGACUAACUGUGACUUGAAAGCUAUUGAGUACAUCACCUUCAGGGAAUUGAUGGGUAUACUGUUGGCCACCUUUUCCGUCUUUGGGGCCUGCAUGGCGAUGACUAUAGCCCUCAUAUUUUUCCACCACAGGCAGACACCUAUUGUCAGGGCCAACAACUCUGAGCUGAGCUUCCUGCUGCUCUUCUCCUUGACUCUGUGUUUCCUGUGUUCUCUGACCUUCAUAGGCCGGCCCACUGAGUGGUCCUGCAUGCUGCGACACACAGCAUUCGGCAUCACCUUUGUCCUCUGUAUCUCUUGUGUUCUGGGGAAAACGAUAGUGGUGUUAAUGGCCUUCAGGGCAUCACUUCCAGGUCGCAAUAUGAUGAAAUGGUUUGGGCCUGCACAGCAGAGACUCAGUGUUCUGUUUUUCACUCUCAUACAGGUUCUUAUUUGCACAUUAUGGCUGACAAUCAACCCUCCAUAUCCAUUCAAAAAUAUGAACCACUAUAAAGAAAAGAUCCUUCUUGAAUGUGCACUAGGUUCAUCUCUGGGGUUCUGGGCUGUGUUAGGAUACAUAGGGCUUUUAGCCGUGUUAUGUUUUGUACUUGCAUUUUUGGCUAGAAAGUUACCUGACCAUUUUAAUGAAGCUAAAUUCAUCACCUUUAGCAUGCUGAUAUUCUGUGCUGUCUGGAUUACUUUUAUCCCAGCUUAUGCCAGCUCUCCUGGGAAGUUCACAGUGGCUGUGGAGAUAUUUGCAAUUUUGGCUUCAAGUUAUGGGCUGCUUUUUUGUGUUUUUUUGCCAAAGUGCUAUAUAAUUUUAUUAAAGCCUGAGACCAAUACAAAGAAACAUUUGUUGAGUAAAGGGACCCAAAGAGCCAUAUGAUUCAUUUGUUUUAAUUUGUCUCUAAUUGUGUUGUACUUCUACUUUUAAAAUAAACUGACUAAUUAAAGUUCUAAUAUUAAAUGAAAAAGCAAUGUAUGUUCCCGCCCCCAAAAAAAAUCCUUAUUGUGUCCGUAUAUCAACAACUCAAAAUGUAUUAUUAAUAAUAAAUACUUUAAUUUGGCAAAGUUUUUUCAUGUAAUGGGCAUAGAACAUUAUUAUUUAAUGUUGCAACCUUUUCAACUGUUAAUAUGUGUAUCACUUUACAAAAGAUAUGUUCCAAACCUAAAUGAUGAAUCUCCAUAUUCAACUUGAAAAUGAACAUAAAUCAUGGAAACACA